CGGCAAGGAAAGUAAGUAGUAUGACGAAUGCCUGAAUCUGCAGGGCGCAAAGCGCGACGGCUGACUCAGCCACGGCCGGAGUCACCUGACCGGUGUGGACAACGAUCGCCAGAGAUAAGAUCAUUAUCUCAUGCUGACGAGCAGCUUAGCAGAUCGAGACACCAGUCGCAGAUGUCCAACCAGGGCGAUCAUGCAACCCAGCUGGUCUCCAUAUCGGAUGGACUCAGAAAGUCUUCUCGUAUCCACCGUCACGUGCGAGUGUGAUUGAGAAACCAUGUUCGGCCUCGUCCGACACUCUCGGUUCAACUCACAAGAGAUAUAUAUACGUCGGAUGGCGAAGGGAGCAGAACGUUACAUGACGAUCGAAGAACGGUCUCAGGCCACAGUCAAUUGCAUUACACGAAGGGUCCUAGCGCAGCAUUAAGUUCAGGCUAAAGAGUAAGACCCCCUGAACGAUGCAUUUCUACCCCAAAGCGCGCCAUCAACCGCAUCCCAGCAUCCACGACCCAUUUGUUCGCCGGCGUCGAUUGGGAUUGCUCAAGGCAGCGGGUCUGAACUUCAUAGUACUGCAACUCCUCUUUCUCGGUCUCUUCUGCUACCUGUUCGGCUCCCUUUUCCAGCAAACUACGCAUAUUCAUAACCUACAUGUCGUCUUUGUCGACUAUGAUGGUGGAGCGGUGGGAAGCGCGGUACGUACCGCGUAUGAGCAGCUGAAGGGCCCAGGUUUCCCCACGUUGAGUGAGCAAUCGGUGUUGGCCUAUCCCCAGCCGAGCACUGUGAGAUCUGCCGUGUGUCAUAUUGAUUACUGGGGCGGGUUGUACACGUCUGCGAAUGCAUCGAAUCGCCUGGCGGCCGCAUUUGGAGGAGGUUCCGCGGCAGCCUCCUACAACAACAGCGACAUUCUCACUCUCGUCUGGAAUGAAGCGCGGUACCCCACCACGGCGGAUUCUGCCAUUGCGGCUAAUAUGCAAUCCCUGUCGGAAGCUGCGCGAGUGGCCUACUCCAAAGCAAAUGGUAUGCAGGCGCUUAGGGACCUGAAUGGCACGGAUCCCGCCGCCAUCGCGGCAUUCGCCAACCCCUGGACGUUGGCCUCAAUCAACAUCCAGCCCACCACUCAAGGCUCCCGGCUCAUCUACAAUACCUUGGUGAUUAUUUUAAUUCUCAUACAGGAAUUCUUUUUCCUGGGUUACAUCAAUGGCCUCUACCAGCAGUUUCAGCUCUAUGUCUCCAUAGCAGCGCCUCGAAUUGCCACCGUCCGCCAGCUCAUAUCAGGGUUAUACACAUUGUCUGGAUCGCUCUGUACAACUGGCGCGAUCUGGGCUUUUCGCCAUGGAUGGCGUGUCAAUGGUGUUCAGUUCGUGUUGACCUGGAUGGCCUUGUGGCUGUUUGCCCACUGCAACUUUCUCGUCCUCGAUGUCUUCACCAUCUGGCUCCCGCCACCAGGUGUGCCGAUGGCACUCAUCUCAUGGAUCAUUUUGAAUAUCACUUCGAUCCUGCUGCCUUUCGAACUAUCCCCAGGGUUCUAUCAGUGGGGUUAUGCAUUGCCAGCACACAGCAUCUUUCAGGUGCUGGUAGACAUCUGGUCCGGUGGCUGCAACCCGCAGCUCGAUUACGCAUUGCCAGUUCUCUUUGCGUAUGAAUUGAUCGCCCUCACUUUAAGCUCUGUCGGGGUGUACCGGCGGGCGCACUAUGCAGUUCUUGCGAAGGAGACAGAAGAGAAGACGUGGAAGGAACGCGUCGCUGCGGCUCUAUUGGAGCAACAACAGCAACAGAUGCUGGAGGAGACCCCCUCGCCCCCAACGCCAGACUCGGCGCUCACAGAUGGUGAACAGCAACCAGAUCGCACGCGACGGCACAGUACGGCUGCCGGUAUUCUCGAUCACGAAGCGCUGACCGGGCAGCUAUGGCGAGAGAUGUCCCGGCCCGAUAAGCCCUCCACUGGCCGACAGAGUACUGGCCCCUGUUUUGACUUGCCUUUUACCGACUAGGUAUAUACUCGCUGCGUGUUAUAUAAUCUCUUCGACCAGAUAACUAUUUACGGGAGAGCUUCCAUCUUAG